GAAUAAUUUUUAAUCUUAGCUCCAUAAAACUUUUAAAGAUAGUGAGAAAUCUAUCUGGGGACGGAUUUAGGCAGGUGAAAUCAUGUGGAACAAAUCGCUUCUGAGGAUCUUUUCUAUUCCAGAAUUAUUUUAAAAUAAGAUUCAAACGGUUGAAAGGAUUUGAAACUUUGCGUAGUUUUUUUUAAAAAGAAAAAUAGUGCAUUAACUACACUUCCCAGGAGGCCAGGCGGGCGAGUCUCCUCACUCGGCUACUUCUCUUCACCGCGAGGUAAGCUGGGAAAUGUAGUGCUCCAAGCAAAACGCUGCACGUGACGCACGCGAAGGAAGGCGAGAGAGACUACGCCGCCUGGUGCGGUACGGGGUCCGGGGAGUGUUGGUGUGAACCUCUUUUUCCCCAGAAUUUGAGAAGCCCCAACGGGCGGUUCGGCGGGAAUGCCGAACUUCAGUUUGACCGGGGUCCCGAGCCAAAAGGUUUAAAAUAAGUUACUCCCCCCACUUCCCGCCGCCGUAUAACGUCCAUCCCGCUAGCCAUGGGCAGCCGCGAUCACCUGUUCAAAGUGCUGGUGGUGGGGGACGCCGCAGUGGGCAAGACAUCCUUGGUGCAGCGAUAUUCCCAGGACAGCUUCAGCAAACACUACAAGUCCACGGUGGGAGUGGAUUUUGCUCUGAAGGUUCUCCAGUGGUCUGACUCAGAGAUGGUGCGCCUCCAGCUGUGGGAUAUUGCAGGGCAGGAGCGCUUCACCUCUAUGACCCGACUUUACUAUCGGGAUGCCUCUGCCUGUGUUAUUAUGUUUGAUGUUACCAACGCCACUACCUUCAGCAACAGCCAAAGAUGGAAACAGGACCUGGACAGCAAGCUCACACUACCUAAUGGAGAGCCGGUGCCCUGCCUGCUCUUAGCCAACAAGUGUGAUCUGUCCCCUUGGGCAGUGAGCCGAGACCAGGUUGACCGGUUCAGUAAAGAGAAUGGUUUCACAGGUUGGACAGAAACAUCAGUCAAGGAGAACAAAAAUGUUAAUGAGGCCAUGAGAGUCCUCAUUGAAAAGAUGAUGAGCAAUUCCAGAGAAGAUAUGUCUUUGUCCACCCAAGGGAACUACAUCAACCUGCAGACCAAGCCCUCUUCCAGCUGGGCCUGCUGCUAGUAGCGUUUGGCUUGUUUUCCCUCCCAGUUCUAGGAGAUCCUUCUCUUCCCUUUGGUUGCCCACCCAGCAGUUUUACUAAGUACAUUUGAACUGUCUACUGCUGACUGUCCAGUAAGGAGGGCCAUCAUCACUAAGAAAAGACACGUGGGACCCAUGGGCGUUGCUGCUGCCUUUCCUGCAAGUUGCCUGUCAUUUGCUGCUGGCUCACAGGGCCCAGUCAGUGCCUUCUGUCCAAAAAAGAUCAUCUCAUCUCUCAAUUUGUGAUCUGGGAUUUCGUGGGAAGGAUUAGAAAUCAGCAUCUGUGUUUUACAGAUCAUAAUUCUCAC